GUAUACGGGACCUCCUGUGCACAAUGACUGACUUUGUUCCUACACUCGAUGACGACUCGGAACUGUUGAACGGGAAGGAAGAGAGCGAAAGCGAAGACGAGUUUGCUGAUGUGGGAGACAAACGUCGCGCACGUGUGUCGAGCAGAGCUGACAAAACGGCACACUUCAAUUCGCAGUUCGAGUUUUCUGUGGGAGAGGGUGAGUUUUCGAAUCGUACGUGGACUCUUGGCACGGAAAUCCGCAGAGCAGCGAAAGGACAGUUAUCUGUAGGGAUUCUGGACGCAAAGAUUGCAAACGCUUUGUCAAAGAGAGGACGGAAAUUGCAACUUGAUAAUGAAAUUGUGUGUGAGGAUACGGCCAGUUUGGAUGUAAACACGAAUACAGGCAAUGAGCAGUCUGAAGUACCAGCUAGAGAUGACAGCACAGAUACUACAGACAGUGAUCAAGAGCAAGAUUCUGAAGCAGAGGCAGAAAAAGCUGUCUUCUUUGAGGCACCUCCUCCUCAGGUUGAGAUUGGUUUCACUGACAUGAAUCUCUCUAGGCCAGUGCUCAAGGCAAUAACAUCUUUGGGCUUCAUUCAACCAACUCCGAUACAAGCCGCUGGCAUUCCUGUUAUACUAGCAGGCAAAGAUAUAUGUGCUUGUGCAGCCACGGGAACGGGAAAGACGGCCGCUUUUGUUGUUCCUAUACUAGAAAGGCUGUUGUAUCGUCCACCGCAAGUGUCUACCACCCGCGUUCUCAUACUCGUACCAACUCGUGAGCUAGCGAUUCAGGUUCACUCAGUUGCACUAGCAUUAGCAAAGAAUGUGAAGGUUGAUAUUUGUUUGGCAACAGGUGGAAUGGAAAUAAAAGCUCAAGAGGCUGCACUACGAAAAGGUCCCGACAUCGUUGUCGCAACUCCAGGCAGGCUCAUCGACCAUUUGCACAAUGCUCCAUCGUUUGACCUUCAGUCGAUAGAGAUAUUAGUGUUGGAUGAGGCAGACAGAAUGUUGGAAGAGAACUUUGAAGAUCAACUAAAUGAGAUUAUCAAAUUGUCAUCAAGAGGAAGGCAAACGAUGCUUUUCUCAGCAACUAUGACUGAUGAGGUUAAAGAGCUGGUUCGUCUUUCUCUGAAUCAGCCUGUUCGACUGUUCGUAGACAGCAAUAUGGAUGUGGCAGCCAACUUGCAGCAGGAGUUUGUCCGGAUAAGACCCAACCGAGAACAGGACAGGGAAGCGAUCAUAAUAGCUUUAUGCUCUCGCUCUUUUCAAGACCACUGCCUUCUGUUUUUACCAACGAAACGUCAAGCACAUCGUGUCAGAAUUAUAUUAGGUCUGGUUGGAAUAAAGGCAAGUGAACUACAUGGAAGCCUUACUCAACUACAGAGGUUGGAAGCUCUAGAGAAGUUCAAAGAAAAGAGCGUUGACGUUCUGGUAGCAACCGACUUGGCAGCCAGAGGUCUAGAUAUCGUUGAUGUCAAAACGGUUAUCAACUUUAGCAUGCCAUGGUCUUUCAAGCAGUACAUUCAUCGUGUUGGGAGAACCGCUAGAGCUGGAAGGAAGGGACGGUCUAUUACUCUAGUUGGAGAACAGGAUAGACAAAUGUUGAAGGAAGUAGUGAAGCAUGCCAGGACGCCAGUAAAGAGUAGAGUCAUACCACCAGAUGUUAUUGCUAAAAUCAAAGACAAGCUGAGCAGACUUGAAAAGGACAUUAAGGAUAUCUUGAAACAAGAGGAUGAAGAGAAACAGAUGCGGAGAGCUGAAAUGGAGAUGAACAAGGCAAGGAAUAUGAUAGAACAUCAGCGUGAAAUAUUUAGCCGACCUGCUAGGACAUGGUUCGAAACAAAGAAAGGACGAGGUACCAAGAGGCCGUUGCCUACAGAUACCAAUGUCCCCACAUCAGAAGCAAAGAAAGGAAAGUCGGGAAAGCGUAAAAGCAAGAAAGAGAGACUGGCAGAAGAGGAUAGUAAGACAAGACGCACAUUGAAUAAGACGCUGAAGUUUGACGCCAGAAGUGCCAAACGGUCCCAGAAGAAGAAGAAGCUCGUCGUAAUACCUGAAAAUAAGAAUCACCACGGUAAAGGCCAACCCAACAAGAAAACACGUCCGGUAAGAACAUUUGAUAGAGAACUAACAGACACAAGCAAGAAAGCACUCAAGUCGUUCAGAGAGGAACCGUCAGCUUUCACAGGAAAGGGCGGAACCAGUGGUUUCAAAUCUAGAAUGAGGUACAAAAGGAAAUAGAGAGAGGAAAGACAUUUUGUACGUUUGUGGCCAGUGGACGUUACCCUAGAUGGAGGUACAGUACAGUACAGUACAGUAACAGUCUUUACGUACUAUUUAUUGCUUAGUUAAUGGGCGGUGGUGCUCCAGUCAGUCCAUGCUGGCUACUGAUUUUGAAAUUUCUAACUACAAUUUGCACAAAUUUCCUGUCUAUGGAUUUCCAAUGUAGUAGUUAUUCUAAAAGAGCACGGUAUCUCAAACAAAUGUGCACGCUGUUGGACUCUUAUGUUCAGGUG